AUGGAUGUUUGUUUGCAGCAUUCUCUCGCUCGAACGAGACCCGAAGCCUUAUCUCGGGUGUAUGCCGAUCCAAGGGGGAGGGCAUUGAGGUGCUUUGCUGUUGCAAGCAGCGGUGCUGCUGCUGCUGUUUGUCUCUGUGCGUAUCCUCGCUGGGCAUUAGAUACUGUCAGGACCCGCCUGCUGCUGCGCAGCAGCAGCAGCAGCAGCAGCAACAGCAACAGCAGCAGCAGCAGCAGCACCAGCAGCAGCAGCAGCAGCAGCCCCCAACAAACCCGCGGGAUCGUCGUCCCCAGAGACGAUCCCAGCACCCCACACCCCACAACGCCCCAAAAUAACACACAGUCACCAACCUCAGCAGCAACAGCAGUAGCUGGUGCUGCUUCUGCUGCUGCAGCAGAGAUACCACAAGCUGCUCCUGAUGCUUCUUCAACGGCUACGCAUGACAGCGCGCAGGACCGGAUCUGCAGAGGCAGGUCUGCUGCUGCUGCUGCUGCUGCUGCUGUUAACCAUAAGACGCUGAAGGCCGAAGGGAGACUGGUUGGAAGGCCGCCUCGAAAGAAGCGGUUCAAAAGUGUGGGGCUGACUGCUGCUGCUGAUGGGGGACACUGUGCUGCAGCAGCAGCAGCAGCAGCAGCAGCAGCAUGUGCAGCAGCUGAUGCUGCUCUUCCUGCUGCGGAUAAAUCUCAAAAGGAGAUGGAGACACAUGAAGGAGACAGAAGCAAAUCAGCAACAGACAAUGUAAAGCACAAGAUGCAUGAGGAGCAGAGGGACACUACAGCAGCAGCAGCAGCAGCAGCAAAAGCAGCAAGAGCAGCAGCAGCAGCAGCAGAAGAAGCGACAGUGGCGACCGCAGCAGCGAGUGAAGAGGCACCGUUUAGGGGCCAGGAUCAGCAGCAACAGCAGCAGCAGGAGCAGCAACAGCAGCAGCAGGAGCAGCAACAGCAGCAGCAGGAGCAGCAGCAGCAGCAGCAGCAGGCAGACAGCAUCGUAUUAUUAGACACGCGUUAUUUGCUGCCAAUGUGGGAGUUGUGUCUUGGGGGGCCCUUUCCUGCUGCAGAGGGUCUCCCGAUGCAGCCGAUUCGUUGCUGCUGCUGCUGCUGCAACAAAUGCUGCUUGGGCCUUUGCCGCCAGUGCGCGGGGGGCCCCACCGCAGCAGCAGCAGCAGCAGCAGCAGGGGGCGGUAGUAAUUAUCCCCCUUUCUGCUGCAGCUCUCUCUCCUUUGCAUGCGACGACCGCUGCCUCGUCUUAGUCGAUGCUGCAGGGGCGGUGGAGGUGCUGGCGCUGCAGCCUCUGGAAGAAGCAGCAGCAGCAGCAGCAGCCGAAGCACCAGCAGCAACAGCAGCAGCAGCAGCAGCAGGAAGGCACUGUAUAGGGGGGGCUUACCCUCGUCGUUUAUGCAGAUUGCAAUUCAUCUCCUGCACAAUAUUAGGGGGCCCCUGCUGCUUGCUGGGUUGCCGUUUGCUGCGGAUCUGCAGCAUACAGACGCAGCAGCAGCACGAGCAGCAGCUGGCUUCUUGCUGGGUUGAAGACAACUGGGCGGGCCCCACCUGCUGCGCCCCCAAUACGAACUCCUCACGCAGCAGCAGCAGCAGCAGCAGCAGCAAUAGCAGCAGCAGCAGCAGCAGAAGCAGAUUGUCGGAGGACUUUGUGCAGGAGACAGCAGGGGGCCCAGUGUUAUUAUAUUCGUGCGAAGGGGAGGAGGAUUUGUGGGAUCGCGAUCCCAUCGAUCCCGGGAUCGUCUCCCCUUUUGUGGGGCCUUAUUGCUUAGCAGAGUUCCUCGUACACCUCAGCGGGCUGCCGCCUUUUAGGCUGCUGAUCGACAUCACCAGCAGCAAAGUGCUGCGCUGCGUCUCCCUUUUGUCUCUUGGAUUAACUCGCAGCUGUCUCUCCUUUGCUAAUACGCAAACCCCACAAGCCACACGGGAUGUCCUGCAGCAGCAGCAGCAGCAGCAACAAGAGCAGCAGCAACAAGAGCAGCAGGAAGAACAGCAGCAGCAGCAGCAGCACGAACAACAGCAGCAGCAAAGUGGUGGGGAGGAUUGUUGCGGGCAUGCGGAGUCUGUGCUGCACCAGGAGUCAGAGCAAGCACUGGAAAGCCAGCAGCAGCAGCAGCAGCAAGAACAACAGCAGCAGCAACAGGACGAACAGCAGCAGCAGCAGCAGCAACAGCAGGAGUCUGGAGUUCCUGGUUGCGGGCCAAGGAGACAGGCCCCUUCCAGGAAGGCGGAAUCAAAACAAAAGGAGACACUUGGAGCGAAGAAGAGCAGCAGCAGCAACAGCAACAGCAGCAGCAGCAGCAGCACAAGGCUUCCCUCUCCGGCUAUCGGUAGCGUAAAGCGGAGUGCGUAUGCGCAUGCAGCUUUCAAGUAUUCACCUUGCAGCUCUUUGCUGCUGACGGAUGGAGUGUAUGUGCAGCGCUGCAGCAGAAGCACCGAGAACCCGUCUCCUGCUGCUGCUGCUGCUGCUGCAGUUGGUGAAGCAAAAUCUGUGGGUCAGCUGCACCGCGAUUUCCCCGUUGCAGUCUUCAGGCAGCAGAUACAGCCGAACGGACAGCUGCCUCUUGUCUCUUUGCCACCGCUUCAGGCUCCAGACGGUGCAGCAGCAGCAGCAGCAGCAGAAGCAACAGCAGCAGCAGCAGAAGCAGCAGCAGCAGCAGCAGCAGCAGCAGAGUGUGAGUGCGGGCAGUGGUUCGUUGGUAUCGCGCUGCCAUGCGGGAUGAUCGUCGUGCUGGACCUUCACCAUCGAAUUCUUGCAAGGUACCGCUUCUCCUCCUCAAGAGCGGGCUUCUUCGAUCACUUAGAGGUGCAGCAAGGCGGAGGUUUGCUGCUGGCUUGGCGAGAGAAGCUCUCCGUGCUGCUGUCUCUUACCCCCGCUAAAGCAACAGCAGCAGCAGCAGCAGCAGCAGCAGCAGCAGCGCCUGAACAAGCAACCUGGGGAGACACUGCAGCAGCAGCUUUCACUAACACGAGACGCAACCCUUUAAAACCCUUCUGGACAUGCAGACAGAUGGAGACAGCCAGCGACGAUGAAGAGCAGCAGCAGCAGCAGCAGCAUCAGCAGCAGCAAGAGGGAGAACAGCAGCAGCAGAAGCAAGACGAGGACGAUCGCUGCACCCACGAAGAGGCUGGCGAUAGCGAUGAACUCCCAGGCAGCAGCAGCAGCAACAGCAACAGCAGCAGCAGCAGCAGCAACAGCAGCAGCAAUAGCAGCAACAGCAACAACAACAGCAGCAACAGCAGCGGCGGGUCCAGCUCUGCUGCUAAGCGUCUUCUUUACUCUCGGGAGAAGAAAGGGCUGCACACCGCCAGAGAACUGCUCCAAGGUUCAGCAGGAAGAGUUGCAGCAUCAGGAGCAGCAGGAGCAGCAGCAGGAGCAGCAGGAGGAGCAGCAGCAGCAGCAGAAGAAGCAGUUGAUCCCUUCCUUCUUCGGGUGUAUAUGGAGCUCCCUGUCGGGGCUCGGGCAGCAGCGCAGCGAGGCGUUGGAUUUAAAGAUUUGCGCAUGGAGACAGCCUUCUUGCCUAUGGUCUUGCAGAUGCAAUGGGUGCCGCAGUCUGUCUCCUCUCUGCUGCUGCUGCCUGUACACCGUCGUUUCUUGGGUUUGCUGCAGCACUCUUAUUCUGCUGUCUCUGAAUUAUCUUUUGUUCAACCAUAUAUUCAUUUCCCUCCAUCACGCAGCAACAGACAAGACCUAGAAACAGCCUGGGACUUCGAUCUAGGCAGCAGCAGCAGCAGCAGCAGCAGCAGCAGCAGUGGGGAGGAAGAAGAGGAAGAGGGCGCGCCUGUUUACUUCUUUAACGGCAAACCGGGGCCUUCAGCUUUCUCUACUUCUUUUGGGGGGCCCUUCAAGGGGACCCCCCUCCAGGGGCCCCCCUUGAAGCCUUCUUGGGGGUCUCCAUCAUUAUGGGGGCCCCUUGGGGGCCCCCAUGGAGGGCCCACUUCCCCCUUGGGGCGGGGGCCCCCUGGGGGGCCCCCCAACUCAGUACCCUUUGGGGGCCCCCAUGAAGGGCCCCCUUCAGCCUUAGGGGGCUUUAUAAAGGGAGUGGGGGGCCCCGCGAGCCUCUGGCAUGAGACGUAUAAAUCCUCUAUCAUGAGUGUGGGGCAGCAAAUGGGUAUUUGGGGCUUUAUAGACACUUGCAUGCAAAUGCAUGCAGCAGCAAAUGCAUGGAAACCCACAUACAGCCCCACCCAAACAGGAGGGGCCCCCAAGGGGGGCCCCCAACACCCCAUGGGGGGGCCCCAGGGCCCCUGUAGGGAAGACAAGCCGUCUAUAGGGCUUGUAGAACGUCUACGCCACCUUAUUGAGGUAUACGAAGGAGAUUCAGAGGGAGAAAUGAUUGAAGAAGAGGGAUUAAACAAUAAAGAAGAUAACAAUAAAGAAGAUAAAAACUCUUUAGACCCAUGCGAAGGGAGACACAGUAGAAAGACCCAGCAGACAUCAAGAAAACGUGCGAGGAGCAAUGCAAAAGGCUCUGCAACAGCAGCAGAAGCUGCAGCAGCAGCAGCAGCAGGAUCUGCAGCAGCAGCAGAAGCUGCAGCAGCAGCAGGUGGCAUAAUAACAACAACCCCACCGCCAUGCAGGCUGCAAGAGGCGCUGCAUACUCUGAGGGAGAGGCGGCGCAUGCAGCUGCUGCCUCCUCCUCUUAGGCGCAGCCGCUUCGAGCUGCCUCCUUUAUUUAGUUUUAAUGAAAUGAUAAAAAUGAAAAUGAAGGAGAACCAACAAAGUGCUGAGGUGGACAGACACCCCGAUGAGGAGUGGUGGGAUCGACUCCGCGGCGUCGUCGCCUCCAGGGAAAAACAAACCCCACAAACCAACUCCGGGAUCGGGAGCGGGAUCGAGAUCGGGAUCGGAUCCUGCGACGAUCUCGUUGAGGCCCGACUCCUGUGGGGAUUUAAACCUUAG